AUGGGUCUAUUAUCGCAUUUCUCUCUACUCUGUUUCAUAGGAUCGUUACCGGGACCACCCGGUGUAAGUAUAGAAGACGCUUACGUACAACUUUUUCCUAUCGAUAAGGGAAAAUGUCACGGAAUUGAUCCAGUCCUAGAUAUAACUUUUCAAUUAUUUACGAGGUAUAAUCCUCUACAACCGAGUAGUUUGAGAAUUGACGACGAGGAAAGCUUGAGAAAAUCUCAUUUUAAUUUUUCGGAACCCACCGUGAUAUUUUUUCACGCUUUUUUCGAAUCGUAUCAGUCGACGCCUGGGAGAUUGAUAAGGACAGCGUUCCUCCAAAGAAAAGACUACAACGUAUUAUUCGUCGACGCCCAACGUUUAGAAGCCGGUCCUUGGUAUCUAACAGCCGCCAAAAAUACGAUGGUAGUAGGUAAAUACACCGCCAAAUUCGUCGACUAUUUAGUAUCGAAAGGUCUCCAUUUACCCAGCCUACAUCUGACGGGACUAAGUCUGGGCGCUCAGAUGGCCGGAGUGUGCGCGCAAACCGUCAAAAGCGGCAGGAUACGAAGGAUAACAGGGAUGGAUCCGGCGGGUCCUUUGUUCGCGAAAUGGCCGAACGAUGUGAAACUAGACGCCGGAGAUGCGGAUUUCGUCGACGUCAUACAUAGCGACGCCGGAAUUUUCGGUUAUCCGACGUCGGUAGGACACGUCGAUUUUUGGCCGAAUCGAGGAAUCGCCCCCCAACCGGGAUGUACAGUAAAGGAAAUCGAAGCUAGAAAUCCCGGAUCGUUAAUCGAGCCACUGUUUUGUAGUCAUUGGAGAUCUUAUCAAUUUUUCGCCGAAUCGGUGAUAAACCCGGACGCGUUUCGAGACGCGACGCCUUGUCCGACGUGGGAGAAUUACAUACGAGGGGAAUGCAAUAAUUUCGAGUACGGACCGACGACUAGUAUGGGACUGUACGUGGAUUUUGAGGCUAGAGGGGAUUAUUUUUUGAAGACCAAUCGAGAAUCGCCGUUUUCUAAAACUUAGAAAUUUACGAAAAAUUCUUGAAUGCCACUGUGGAGACACGUGUGAAAAUGUUUUUUGUAAUUAUUCGAAUCGAACAUUUCAUUUUUGCGAUUACGAAUCGAUUCGUGGAGUCGAAUAAAAUUUAUUCCGAUU